CCCGGGACGCCCGGCCGGGGUCCCGGUCCAUAUCCCACCAAAAAAAAAAAAAAAAAAAAAAAAGCCAUGGAAGUGACACCAGCAGUACCUCAAGGUCAACGGAUGACCGAAGAAGAAGCAAGCAGAAUUCGCCAGCUGUUGGAAAAAUGUUACGAUGAUGGUUUAUCUUCAGAGAACAUAGGAAGGGAGAUUGGAACGGCGGAGAUCCACGAUGACUAUGUGGUGUUCAUCCUGGAGGAUGACAUAGACGACCUGAUAAUUGAGUGGCUAAAGGCGCGAACAGUCAUUGUCAUCUUCCAAGUCAAGGAUCAGACCUUGAGUUUGUUGUAUAGAGAGCAGUUAAUUCGGAUUUAUGAAGACGGAUGGUAUCGGGAUCCUGCCAUCAACCCAACAGCCAAGCGGGGGCGGACGCACGGGGAGGGUCCAAAAGUCAUGUCAUACGUGGCAAGAGCCCCUGGAAUUGCACAACGGCUGACGACGUUGGGUUCGGUGGACGUUCCACGCAGGGAAGGCAGUUUCAAAGUCCUCUUCAAGCCUUGGAUGACGAGAGCCGAGCCAGACCAGAUGAGAAGUCAGGAGCAGGCGGCGAAAUUUCGACUAAUUGCCUUGCGAGUUCCGCUGAUUUCUAUGCGGUUACAGAUGAUGGUAGGAGAGUUGUCUUUGCGGUCAAUUGAGGAGCCAGAAGACGAAGGGGGAGCGAUCUCUAUGGCUGUUUGGUUGAAGAAAAUGGUCGACGACAUAUUGGAUAUCAUCUGGUGGCUGGAGGAGGGGCCGGAUCCCCAGUUGGAAGCCUGCAUCGUCUGGAAGAGGGCAGAGGCCAUGAUGUCUACCUGCUAUGACCUCUUCACUGAGGGUCGCAACCUGCGCUAUAAGCUUGAAGACCGGUUGAAGGGCAAAGACGACCUGGAGGGUGAGGAUUGGCAGGAGGACGGAGCGCAGGGAGAUGAGGUUGACUCCAACAUCAGCAUCAACAACAACAACAUCAACGAUAACAACAACACCAACAACAACAACAACAACGACUACAACAACAACAACAACGACAACAACAACGGUUACAGCGGCAACAAUAAUGAUGACAACAUCAGCAUCAAUAACCAAAACGUCAACAACAACACCUACAACAGGAGCGCUGAACAUGGCAGCAGCGGGGUGGAGAACGCUAGAAGACGAAGGGGAGCGAUCUCUAUGGCUGUUUGGUUGAAGAAUAUGGCCGACGACAUGCUGGAUAUCAUCUGGUGGCUGGAGGAGGGGCCGGAUCCCCAGCUAGAAACCUGCAUCGACUGGAAGAGGGCAGAGGCCAUGAUGUCUACCUGCUAUGACCUCUUCGCUGAGGGUCGCAACCUGCGCUAUAAGCUUGAAGACCGGUUGAAGGGCAAAGAUGACCUGGAGGUUGAGGACUGGCAGGAGGACGGAGCGCAGGGAGACGAGGUUAACUCCAGCAUCAGCAUCAACAACAACAACAUCAACGACAACAACAUCAACGACAACAACAUCAACGACAACAACAUCAACGACAACAACAACAUCAAUAACAACAACGACUACAACAACAACAACAAUGACAACAACAACGGUUACAGCGACAACAAUAAUGAUGACAACCUCAACAUCAACAACGAAAACGUCAACAACAACACCUACAACGGGAGCGCUGAACAUGGCAGCAGCGGGGUGGAGAACGGUGCCCGCACAUAUCUGAUCAUCGUCAGCGACAUGGGAGAGAUGCCGCAUGUGGAUGCGGUGGAAUUCGGGGUUGACAACAACAACGGCGUGGGCGGCAACGACGAUGAUGGUGGCAGGGAUCACCAUGACAACAGUCACAACAACGACAACAAUAACAAUGUCGACAACAACAACAACAGCGGUGAUGGCGGCAGUGACGAUUACGGCGCCAACGACGACCCCAGCAGCAGCAGGGCAGAGAGCAUCAGCAUGACGGGAGAGAUGCUGCAUGCGGACGUGGAGGGGAGUGGGCUUGACACGGAUAAGAGGUUUGCCAAUUUCCCCCCCCUCCCCCCUCUCAACCUUGUUGGUUGGCUGAAGUUAGGAGUGGGAUAGUCACAGUUGGGACUGGGAUAGUAGCUGUUGAGUGGUGUUGUCCGGCCCACAAUAUCAAUCAACAUCGGACUGCUGA